CUUCUACUGUCUGUGAACUGACAGCACUCUUCAUGGUAGGGGAUGAUUAAGGUGACAGAUAGUUGUUAUUUUUAGAGAAGGGAGCUUCCUAGUCCUACUGGUCAUUUCUUUGCUUUUCAGGAACUGAAUUGGAUGGGUUUUUCAUUUAAGCAAUCUUAGCUGUUACUUAACAUUGGCUUUUUGUUUUGUUUUGUAUUAACUAUCUAGCUAUCUAUAUAUCGAUAGACAUCAUAUUCUAUUUAGCUGUGAGCCGCUGGAGAGCUGUGCAGUAAAGGAUUAAGCAGCGUGAUUCUAUAUACUUUGAAUACUUUCCACCCCAAAGAAAAAGGAAAGACAUAGCAGACCAAAAACAGGAAACAUGCGUCGUUCCACAAGAAGCUUACGUCUUAUUUGAAUACACCUGAUCUUACUGUAUGCUGUAUCAGCAGACCUUUAAAUACUAAGUCCACUGCAAGCAAAGUUUCAUGCGUCGAGAGAUGGACUGCAGUGAAUGCAUUUUGCUGAUCUUUUCUUUUUGCUGUGCUGGGGGCAUGAGCUCUGGGUCGGAAAAAACAGUCUACGGAAGCCUGGGGGGCUCAACACUGUUGAGCAUAACGCCCGAAUUUCAGAAUUUUACUCUGCAAUUUCGCAAAGCUGUAUGGAAACUAAAUGAAUUGGAUGGAGGCACGAAGAAAUCUACCUUUCUAGCUAGAUAUUGUGAAAACAAUUAUACCAUUCACAAGGCAGAGCAGUUCAAGUUUCAUCCCGAGAACUUCUCCUUCGAAAUACUGAAGACCAGGAGAGCGCAUGCCGGGCACUAUGAAUACACGGUGAACAAAGGCUUUGAGGAACAGUCUUUGCAGUUCCAGUUGGAAGUGUAUGAGCAGGUGUCCAUCCCCAACAUCCAGAUGGUCAGCAAGGCCCUGGUGAACGAGAGCUGCACCAUGAACCUGAGCUGUGUGGUGAUGAGAGGGGACAACGUGACCUACAGCUGGAACUGCAGCGAGGGCAACACCUCCCAGCUGCACCCAUACAAUGACAGCUUCCUGCACCUCUCCUUCACCCCGGAGGAGGACAGCAUCUCUUGCACUUGCACCGCCAGGAACAAAGUCAGUCAGCAAGCCACCACGUUCAGCUCCUCAGUGGAGUGCAGCAACAAGCCAGGUGGCUUGCUCAGGAAUGAGCUCUUGGAAUCCAUUGUGCCAAUAGCCAUUGUGGGGGUUCUGGUCCUCUGUGCAGGGGUCACAUACUGGCUAAGACAUAAAGGCCAAAAAGAGCAUUCUCAGCUGAAGGAGGAAAAGGAAAGUUGCACAAUUUACUCACAAGUCCAGAGGGUGGAGCAGAAAAGCUCUCGCCCCCCUCCUGCGGAGGAGAGCUCUGAGUGCACCACCAUCUACGUUUCCGCCACCGGGCAACCUCCAGACAGUACUCAGCCCCAAGAUCCAGGGCUGACGACUAUUUAUGCCAGUGUAAUGCCCGCAACAAUGGCCCAGCAGCAGCUGCUUCCCAGGAAGGGAUACAAUACAGGGCAGCUUUGCGCACCACCUCCAGGCUUGAAGGGAGCUACCUUUAGGCAAAAGAGGGCUGUUCAGGUUUUGGGACUCAUCCAGUCCCCCACUUCUCUGUGGAGGCUGCCAGCCAUUGCAAUGACAGCGGGAUUUGUGCUACAAGCUACAACACACCAGAGCCAUUUCACAUUGGUCCCUGAGCACCUGUCAGGAUCACCUUCAGGAUCCUCCAGAGCAGAGGCAGGUGCGAUGAAGCUGAGCAGGAUUCUGGGGGACUCCGUCACUUUCCCUCUGGGGAUCUCAGCAGAGCAAAUUAAAACUGUUGCCUGGACAGUAAACACAAGCAGCAGUGUAGUAACUGUAGCAGCAGGAAACCCCCCCAUUGUCAUUGUGUCAGACCCAUCCUACGAGGGACGCCUGACAGUCCCUGACAACAGCAACUCGCUUCAAAUCACCAGCCUGAGGAUGGAGGACAUGGGCACCUACACCGCUAAAAUCAGCACAGCUAUGGGCAUCAUCUACAAACACUUCCUGCUGCACGUGUACAAGCAAAUGCUAAAGCCAACUGUCCACUGUGAUUUGGUGACCUGUGCGAAUAAAACCUGUAACUACAAACUGAGCUGCACCGUCAGGGAUAGAGGGGAUCAGGUGACCUACAGCUGGACUCGCCCAGCAGGGGGUGCUGUGGUAUCCAAUGAGUCCAUUCUGCACAUCUCCCAGGUACCCCGUGAUGCUCACCUGGCCGUCACCUGCACAGCCCAGAACCCCGUCAGUAACAGCUCCACAACGGGCUCUGCAAAGGACCUUUGUGCAGUUGCAACGAUGCCACUUUACCAUGUUAUGUCAGCCCCCACAACAACCACCAUCACUGAAUCACCAGCUGCAUUCCAAUCUGCCCUUACAGCUGGAAUUGCAGUUCCAGUUAUUGUUGUCAUCAGCCUGGUCAUCAUUGUUCUGUGGUUCGUGUACAUACAAAGGCGCAAAAAAGCCUUGCAGAAGUUUGCUCCAGGAGCUGCUGGCAGUGCAAAGGCUGAUGAAGAAACAAACACAGUUUAUGCCAAAGUGGGUAAUUUGCCACUGGCUUGCAGUAGAACGGGGACUUGGAAAGGGGGUCCGGAGACUAAGGAGGAUGAGACAAAAACUAUCUAUUCCAAGAUCCAUAACCCAAACCAGUCGCCUCUGCAAACGGAUGAUGAGAAGCCGUGCAAGGAAGGCCCGGAAUCCAUGGAGAAGGGCGAGAAAACCAUUUAUGCCACAGUCAACCAGCCAACCCAGACAAAGACUGCCAAGUCCACAGGUGCUGAUGAUUCUGCGGCCAAACCAAAAUCUCAAGCGACAACAGAAUACGACAAGAUUACAAGAUCAUCUAAUAGUUGUCAAGGCAACACAAACAUGCAGAGAGAAACAAGGAAUAAUUGAGUACCCCAGCAUCAGACAGCCAAACAGCAGAGGAUCAAUGAGUAUAAUUUGUACAGCGCCUUGCACUAUAGGAUCCUAGUCCCUGACUGUCCACUACUGCAAUUGUAAUGUGGACAGACCCCAGUCCUUGGUGGGUGGGAUCAAACCGGAGACCUCUGGAGCUUAAAGCUUGAGCCUCUACUGCAUGAGCUAAAAGCCAACUGGCUGUUAGCUCAGGCUGUAGAGCAGACUCAUUAACAGUUCUCUCUCUACGUGGUCUCGGUGCCACUAAUGAGACAGACCACAUCCAGACGGUGUGUGGGUUACACAAUGCAAAUAAAAACAACAAAUUCAUCUAGAGUGAAAUUCACCUCUGUGCUUGCCCCUUACAAAAGAGCUGUACCCUCCUUAAAAGACUCUUCAGCUUUAAGACUGUAGUCUGUAGACUUUGAUGACAAGCACACUAUCAAAACUCAAUAUUAGUGUAUAUAGCUCAGGCUCAUAAUCUUUUUUGCUGCUGAAUUUUCUAGGUCCCCUGCCAAAAAAAUGGAAAAAAAUGAAGUCUUGAUUUUGUUACAUUAAGGCCCUUUGAUGGUGCUUUAGCAGUGUACAGAUGCCUUAAAAAGUAGUUACCCCCACUUUCAGGUAUCUUGAAAAAUGGUCUGCAAUGCAGUGAGACUCAGGCCCUAAGAAUCUAUAACUUUGGCAAAUCCAAAGCACUUUUCUUUUACUGGAAGGCACCUCUCAUUGCCUUGGUCCAUCUCCAGCGAAAUGUCAAUGACCGCUCCAAACAGCCAGAGCUGGUCAAACAAAUGAACCAUCAAAUACUUACUAAUGGGAAAAGUUUACUUCCUCCCUACCUCAUAUCCUCCUAUUCAAAAAUGAAGGAACCUUUUUUGCGUGGGGAUUUUUUUUCUUUUUUUUGCUCAGGAAUGUUUAUAUGGAAUCCCUCAGCAGGCAGAGAGUAGCCCCAGAAAAGUUUCAGUCUUAAAGGGGUAUGCAGCUGUGUCAGUCCCAGGAUAUUAGAGAGACAAGGUGGGUGAGGUCAUAUCUUGAAGGGGAAUAUUUAGGAACAUGGAGGCGGGUUCAGCGGGAACCUCCUCAUUCCCCUACAUACUCCAGCUAUAACAAAGGGAAUGAAUUUUACUAACGUGGAAAAGAAAAAACAAGACGACAGGAUAAACCAAAGGAAAUGAAAUGCAAACCCUACUGGAAAGUUGGAGAUGUGCCAAUGCUUGGCGCAUCCGCAGAACGCUGGUGGGACAUACAACAUGACUGACAUUUCUUGUGGAAGGACUUCAGUGAAAAAGUUCAGUUUGAGUCGAACAAACUGUUUUAUCUCAACAAAAUCUCAAGGUUUGCUUUUGGUUUUAACUAAUUUUAUUUUUAGAAGAUUUAAAAACGGAGAUUUGGGAACAAAAAGUCCUUGCAAAGCAACCGACUUGUGGCCCAACUUUCAAGGGCUCAGCCCUACAGCCGGGGCAGGUUCCCCGCAGCACACGGCUCUUGUUGCAGUUUUGGGGCCAAAGCUAGUUUGAAAAUCUGGGCUCAAGUGAUGGAGCCUGCGGCAGGGCCGCAACAUGAACUCAAUUUUUCUGUGUCCCUCACUGCUGCCUUCCCCACACGAUCAUCCUGUUCUCCUCCCUUUAAGCUACUUCUACCUCCUCCACUUCCACAGUUCUUCUCUCCUACUGAACACUCCCUAUGUGCCCCCCAAUCUUCCCUCCCUACUGGUCCCUCUGCCUCUUCCUCCUUUUAUUUAUUAUUUAUGUUCUCACAUGCCUUCCUCCUGGGGAGACAGAGCCCCAAUCACAGACUAGGCGCCAUACAAACACACGUCAGAAGACGGUCCCUGCCCAAAGAGCUUCCAAUCUAACUCUCAGCCAAGAGAGAACAGGCGGACACAGACAGACCAACAAGGAGUUCAAGGAAACAAUAUUGGUCAGCAUCCAGAUAGUCUGGGGGGUCCCAUGCUGCUUCUACACCUGCAACAGUCUCCCACUUUAAACUUCCUACUUUAACUGUAAACUCUUGGGCGUGGGGACAGGAACAGUCUGUUUGUCCUGUGUUUGUACAGCUCCUAACACCAUGGGUCCCUGGACUAGAAUUGUGCACUGUGGUAGUGCCAGGAUGGCACAUGAUAAAUAAUACUUCUUGUCUUCCAAGAGCUCCUUCUCCCCUCCUUUCAACCCACUAGUUCACUAAUCCUUACCUCACUGUCCUCCCCAGUGACUCAUGCUUUACUGGAAUUGUGGGGCUGUAUCGCCACCAUCCCCCAUAGAAGACCCAUCAUUCUGUUUGCAAGCUACCCUCUCUCUGUGUAAACCAUUUGGAUUUUUAGACUUGUGUGUGUUGAUGAAGCAUCAUUGACGGGAGUCAAUGGGAACAAGUCCGGGGCAUUGUGGGAAAGAAUCUGAGGACUCCAACUAGGAGACAAUUUAAGGACACAAUCCAGAGACUUUACGUGAAUGGAUUCUCCACAGACAAGGGAUAUUGGACCAAGUUGGACUCGGCAAAUUUCUUCUACCUGCAACUCCUAUGAGCUACAGCCACACUGGCUCAGCACAUCACACUAUGUGGAGGACUGUCCCAAAAUGCUCAGCAAAGGAAUAAUUCAUUAGUGUUCUUGAUGCAAAGAAGAACACUUCAGGCAGGUGUGUGUGUUUCUAUGAGACCUUUCACAUAAUGGGCUCCACAGAUGGGGUCUCCAGAUAUUGCCAUAGUUAUGGAAAUUUUGCAUCAAUGUAAGCCAAUGAGGGAGCAGCCUGUGCAGGGGCUGAGAGAUUAGAAGUGAAGACACCUUGUGGGAAGGGGGAAUGCUUUUCAAAGAGUGGGAGUGGGAGGGGUAAAAAUGAAACGUGGGGCUGGCUGGAGAGCAGGAUUUCUUAUCACCCACUCAGCCGGCACGUGGAGCCAGAGCACAGAACCUCAGCAAGAGAUUGUCCCAGCACCACCAGGGCUACGGUCUAUGACUGCGAUCCUCAGCUAGUACAAGUCAGUACAGUGCCAGUGCCUCAACAGACUUUGGAGCCAGUCCCAACUCUGCCACUGCUCUAUUGUGUGACCUUGGGCAAGUCAUGUAGCCUCUGUCUCAGUUUCCCCCAUCUAUGUCAUGGGUAUAUAGCCCUACCUCCUAGGGGUGCUGGGAGGUUAAUUACACUGGGGAUUGUGAAGCACUCAGAGACCACGGGGAUGGAGCCAUAUAAGUGCUCUAUGCUGAUUGCUCAAAUGUCCUGGUCUAUGUCUUCACCUCUCCUGCCCUCCACACCUGCCCUUUGUUACACCAUCUGCACUGCUUCCCUCUGGGUGUAAGGAUAAGGCCUUUGUCUGCAGCCAUACUGUAAGGCCUAAAGCCUAAGGCCUUCGUCUGCAGCCAGAUUAAAAGAGCAGCCGAGCAGCAGCCAUUAGCUGAGAAGCAGGAAGUCACAUCCUCACAUUCCAUCUAAAUUACAUUAAAACAAUGUAAUAUCAGACUGUUAAGAAGGAGACCCCAUCUUAAUGGCCCCCACUAUCCCCAGGUAAAGAAACAGAUCUUAAGAUGGUUAAAGAAAACUUAGUCUGAUAGCAUCCUGUCUGUCAAGAAAUCACUUAACAGUUGUGGUUGUGAAAUCCUCAUUUCUUCAUUGUUUUGUCAUUAUGGUCCCCACUUCCCUAUUGUUUAUCUGUAUGGUCUCUGUCUGGUUCUUUAUUUUUUUCUGUCUGUUACAUAAUUAAUUUUGCUCGGUGUAAAUUAAUUAAGGUGGGGGGGUAGGACUCUUUAAAGAAUUUUGUUACACUGUGUUAGGGUUGGUUAGUAAAAUUUAAUAAAAUGAUUGGUUAAGAUAUAGCUAAA